CACAAACACGCUCUUUCUCCGCUCACAACGCGUCUAUGCCUCUCCCUGCAGCUUUGCACACUGGCUAUGAUGAUUGCUGAUGCUGAAGACGCGUCUGUUUGCCCUUUGUUGGUGCAGCACGGCUUGUCACCUUCAGGGCCAGCAACGUCACCGCGUCACUGGCCUUCAGGAAGCAGGAGCCCAUCUUCUGUCCACUGCUCACCAGCAAUCACACUACGAGAGGAUCUGAUUUACCAGCAACGCGUCACUCACAGCAUGAAUUUGGCCAACAACGUCACGCACCCCUUUUCGACAGCAGCUGGCAUUUGUCUCCAAGCACAUGUACACUACGGCCGCCUGUACUGGAUAUAAUCCCCUUGAUGCUACAUCGCCGACCCGCCUACCAUCCAAUGGCCCAGCGGGGGCGAACUCUCCACGAGCAAACCCUGCUCCUCAAGAUCACCCUCCCGCUCCUCAAACCGCUUGUGCUUUCACUUGGCCGCGCGUACAUCAUCACAAGCAUCACAGCGAAACAGCAUCUCAAGCAACUGGCCGUGCUCAUGUUCCCCUACACCAUCAUCAGCAUCUCUGCUGCCGACCCGAUGACUCGACUUCAUGGCUCCUAUCAACUGGACGGUCACGUGCUGCUGUUGCUGUCUGAGGCUGCCCC